UGCCGGCUAGUGCCCUGUCCGCCCGACGUCGGGUCUGCAGGAAGGAUGCGAGGCAUGAGCGCGGCGUGGCUGCUGGGGGGCGCCAUCCUGCUGGCGGCCUCCGUCUCCUGCAGUCACCCCAUCCAAGGAACCAAUAGAACCUCCAAAGGAAGAAGUCUCAUUGGUAAGAUUGAGAGCUCCUCUCAGAUCACUGGGAAAGGAGUUACCGUGGAACCAGGCUUUUCUGUGGAUGAGUUUGCUGCCUCCGUCCUCACUGGAAAACUGACCACCGUCUUUCUUCCAGUUGUCUACACAAUUGUAUUUGCGAUUGGUUUGCCAAGUAAUGGCAUGGCUCUGUGGGUCUUUCUUUUCCGAACGAGGAAGAAGCACCCUGCUGUGGUUUACAUGGCCAAUCUAGCCUUGGCAGACCUCCUCUCUGUGAUCUGGUUCCCUUUGAAGAUUGCAUAUCACAUACAUGGCAACAACUGGAUUUACGGGGAAGCUCUUUGCAAAGUACUCAUUGGCUUUUUCUAUGGCAACAUGUACUGUUCCAUUCUCUUCAUGACCUGCCUCAGUGUGCAGAGGUAUUGGGUCAUUGUGAAUCCCUUGGUGCACCCCAGGAAGAAGGCAAACAUUGCCUUUGGGCUCUCGCUGGGAAUAUGGCUUCUGAUUCUGCUGGUCACCAUCCCCUUGUAUGUCGUAAGGCAGACUGUGUACAUUCCAGCCCUUAACAUCACAACCUGCCAUGAUGUGUUGCCUGAGGAGGUGUUGGUAGGGGACAUGUUCAAUUAUUUCCUCUCUCUGGCCAUCGGAGUCUUUCUGUUCCCAGCCUUCCUCACAGCCUCUGCCUAUGUGCUGAUGAUCCGAACACUCCGGUCUUCUGAGAUGGAUGAAAACUCGGAAAAGAAGAGGCAGAGAGCCAUCAAACUCAUUGUCACCGUCCUGGCUACCUACCUGAUCUGCUUCACUCCUAGUAACCUUCUGCUUGUGGCCCAUUAUUUCCUGAUUAAAACCAGGAGCCAGAGCCACGUCUAUGCCGUGUACAUUUUAGCCCUCUGUCUUUCCACGCUCAACAGCUGCAUUGACCCCUUCGUCUAUUACUUUGUUUCCCAAGACUUCAGGGAUCAUGUGAAGAACGCGCUCCUCUGUCGAAGUGUCCGUACUGUGCGGCAGAUGCAGAUAUCCCUCACGUCACAGAAGUUCUCCAGGAAGUCCAGCUCUUACUCUUCGAGUUCAACCAGUGUUAAGACCUCUUACUGAGUUAUUCAGCGUCUCUGUAAAACCACGGGGGGGUUGGAGCCUGCUUAAUGUACCGGUGUGUUUCUGUUGUUCUCUGACCCAGUGGAUCUCACCACAUACCAUGUAUAUGGAGCACCUCUGAGGAUGGCUAGAAGCUUCCCUGUUAGCAUGAGGGAAGUCUCCCAAAUCAACCAAGAUGGCAGUUUCAGAAUUCCUCUCCUCAGGUGCUUCCGGAAAUGGAACUAACAGAAGCAGACUUCUCAGAAGGCAGUGAGAAAACAGCUCAGGGCCACUAGUUCUUACUAGUGCUGACGUGAAGGCACAGUUCGUAGGAGA